AUGGCCGACCUUCCCCGGACUGUACUGAUCUCAGGCUGCUCAUCCGGAAUCGGCCUGGAGCUCGCAGUGCAGCUGGCUCGUGACUCUAGGCAGCGCUACCAGGUGGUGGCCACCAUGAGAGAUCUGGGAAAGAAGGGGACACUGGAGGCAGCUGCCGGGGAGGUUCUGGGUCAGACCCUCACCGUGGCCCAGCUGGACGUGUGCAGUGAUGAGUCAGUGGCCCAAUGUCUCAGCUGCAUCCAGGGAGGAGAAGUGGACGUGCUGGUGAAUAAUGCUGGCGUGGGCCUGGUGGGGCCCCUGGAGGGGCUCAGUCUAGCUACCAUGCAGAAAGUCUUUGACACCAACUUUUUCGGAGCUGUCCGUCUGGUCAGAGCUGUGCUUCCUGGCAUGAAGAGGAGGCGGCAGGGACACAUCGUGGUGGUCAGCAGUGUCAUGGGGCUGCAGGGUGUCGUGUUCAACGACGUCUACGCAGCCUCAAAGUUUGCCCUGGAAGGGUUCUUCGAGAGUCUGGCCAUCCAGCUGCUCCAGUUCAACAUCUUCAUCUCCCUGGUGGAACCCGGCCCCGUGGGCACGGCCUUUGAGGAGAAGCUGCUGGAGCAGGUUUCCACCGCCCAGUUCCCAGGCGCCGACCCCGACACCCUGCGCUACUUCCGGGACCUCUACCUCCCAGCCUCCCGGGAGCUCUUUCGCUGUUUGGGGCAGAGCCCCCAGGAUGUGGCCCAGGUCAUCGUCAAGGUCAUCGGCUCGGCCAGACCCCCCCUGCGCCGACAGACCAACGCCCGCUACUGCGCCCUGACCGCGCUCAAGGCCGCGGACCCCUCCGGCCGCCUGUACGUGCGAUCGGCCCACCGCCUGCUCUUCCGCUGGCCGCGCCUCCUGGGCCGGGCGCUCCGCUGCCUGGCCUGCGGCUGCUGCCCCACCCGGGUGUGGCCAAGGCAAACAGGCCAGAGCCGGGCGGACAAGAGGACAGGCAUCUGUGGCCGGCAG